UUGUAAUAAAUGCCACAUCAUUGUGUUUUAAACUAUUUUCUAUGUUUUCACUACCCAGGCCUGGUUAUCAUAUGGACCAAUCACAGCUUGUAACUGCCACUACAACUUAAAUAAUUGGAUGGCAUCGGCUGGACUCUCCCUUAUCGUUUGUUGAAAAACCUGCGGCAGACCGUCAGAGACAACAGCCUCAAAUUCAGCAGUUGGUGUCCAGUGGAAUCAGUCUCUGAUGUGUCCUGCACAGUGACAUUAUGGAGACAGCAGCAACAGGGUCAGAUGAUCCGCCACCUGUGAAACAGAGCAGCAUCUAUGGAUUGCUGCCACCUAACAUGUCAGAUCAUCUGCUACCUGUGAAUCGGAACCGCAGCUAUCAAUGGCUGCCACCUAACAUGUCUGAGCUGAGGGUUGUUCUGCUGGGGAACAGCUGGUAUGAGAGGAGUUCAGUGGGGAACUACAUACUAGGGAAGACUAUGUUUGACACUGAAAAAGAACCGGACCACUGUCUGAAAGUCAGUAGGCAAUUGAAAGGAAAAGAGAUAGUUCUCAUCAACACCCCAGAUCUGCUGCACCCCAACACCCCUAAAAACAAACUGACAGAGUAUGUGAACGACUGUGUGAGCCUCUCUGAUCCUGGACCUCAUGUGUUCCUGCUGCUUCUACAGCCUGAAGAGUUCACUGAGGAUCACAAACUGAGACUUUGCAGAGUCUUGGAAGUCUUCGGUGAUCAAUCUUUUGAUCAUGCACUGAUUCUGAUAUCACCACCCACAGAGGAGAGUUCAGGUGUCAUGGAUUUUAUGCAGCAUCCACUCUUAAAAGACAUGAUUGCAAAGUGUAGAAACAGAUAUUUGAUUGGCCAGUCAGAGCUGUUAACACGUCUGGGUCAAACUACAGAAGAGAUCUUUGGACACUUUGAAGGCAGUGAUGAGGAAGUAGGUUUGAUCAUGAUAAAGUGUGAAUGCAUCAAAGCAGCUUUAAACCUGGUUCUGUGUGGGAGGCGAGGAGCAGGGAAGACUUCAGCAGCCAAGGCCAUUUUAGGUCAGACAGAGCUCCAUUCAGCCUCCAACUCAUCAGAGUGUGUUAAACAUCAGGGAGAGGUGUGUGGACGCCGGGUUUCUCUGGUGCAGCUGCCUGCCUUGUGCGGAAAACCUCAGCAGGAAGUGAUGGAGGAAUCAUUCAGGUGCAUCUCCCUUUGUGAUCCUGAGGGCGUCCAUGCCUUCGUCCUGGUCCUACCUGUGGGUCCCCUCACUGAUGAAGACAAGGGAGAGUUAGAGACCAUCCAGAACACAUUCAGCUCUCAAGUCAACGACUUCACCAUGAUUCUGUUCACCGUGGAGACAGAUCCCACAGCUCCAGCGGUCGUUGAAUUUAUACAGAAAAACAAAGACAUCCAGGAGCUCUGUCAGAGCUGUGGAGAAAGAUAUGCUGUUCUCAACAUCGAGGACCAGCAGCAGAUCCCAGAGCUGUUGGAUGCUGUGGAACAGACGAGAGUUGAAGGAUCCAGGUGCUUCACGAUGACGAUGUUCACCAAGGCUCAGAUGAAGAAGGUUGGAGAGCUGGAUAGCGUUAACAGAACACUUAAAGCGAGAAAGAAAAGUGAGAUGGGAGAAGAUGACGAAAGAGAGCGUCUCAGGAUGGUACUGAUCGGGAAGGCUGUCGGUGUGAAGAGUACAAUUGGAAACACCAUUUUGGGCGAAGAACAUUUCCGCCAGAAGUUUGUGACCACCGUGUGCCAGAGAGCAACAGGAGAGAUUCAUGGACGAUCUGUCGCUGUGGUCAACACACCUAGCUUGUUUGAAACACCUCUGUCUGAUGAUGACCUCCGACGAGAGGUUAGAAAAUGCCUCAGCAUAUUGGCUCCUGGACCUCAUGUGUUCUUACUGGCGCUGCAGAUUGGAAACGUUACACUAGAGGAAAAACACUCAGUGGAACUGAUCAAGAAAUAUUUUGGCAAGAAGUCUCAAGAUUCCAUCAUCAUUAUACUCACCAGAGGAGAUGAACCUGAAGGUAAGUUAUCUGAGAGUUAUGCCGACGUUUGUGGUGGCUUUGUCAAAAAACUCAUCAAUGACUGUCGAGGGAGGUACCAGGUCUUCAACAAAGGUGACACAGAGGGCACGCAGGUCAGGGAGCUGCUGACCAAGAUCGAGACCAUGGAGAAGGAAAAUGGCGGCUGCUGCUACACCGAGGGAUACACAGCAAAACAAGUGGAGAGGAUUUUGAAAGAGAAAGAAGAAGAAAGGAAAAGAAAGGAGGAGAACCUGCGAAAAAAACACGAAGAUGACAUGAAAACACUGGAGCGCAAAAUCAAAGAAGAGGAGAGAAAGCUGAGGGGAAAUCAGCUGAAGGAGAAGGACCAAAGCAUCAACAAGGAGCGAGAGAAGAGAAAGCAAGAACGGGAGGAAGUUGAAAGGGGACGGAAGAAACAGGAAGACACUACGCGACAGGAAUGGAAAAGAAAACUGGACGCGUUAGAGGGAAAGGUUCAGUAUGAAAGAGAGCAAAAUGAAACGUAUGCAAAGAAACUGGAGCAGAUUAGAAGAGAGGUCAAGAGAGAUCAAGAGUCCUGGAAUAGGGAGCGAAAGGACACCUGGGAACGAAUACAUGAAGAGGAUAAACAGAGCCUGGAGGAGUGGAAGGUCAACUACAGGAAUCUGCAAGAGGAGUACCAUUAUAAGAGAAGAAAAUACACAUACUGCAUAGUGGUGCUGAUGUUGUCUCUAUCGUAUUUAUUAUCUUAUAUAUUUCUCAGUUAGGAAUACCAUGCAUACACACUACAGACUUUUAAUGGACAUUCCUACAUUCACACAUCAUUGGCGCACCAUCUUCCGGCACAGGCUGAAAACUCAUCUCUUUCGACUCCACUUCGAGCGAUAGAAUUACUAACAAAGAACUGCUAACAGAGCCCUUAUAA